AUGGCCAGCUACGAGACCGAACAUAAUAUCAAUCGAGCAGAGCAAUCGGAAACCCGCCCUCGUCGACCAGACCUCUCGUCGUUCUUUAGUCUUCUGUCUCAAAUCACACCCGAUCGCCCCGAAGAAAGAGCACGAGAACAUGCUGUUCCAGUCCCUGGCGAUGUGUCUGCCGCUUUCUCCUCACUCGCUGAAGCAUUUCAAUUAAUACAAAGAGAAAAUGAGCACGCAGACUCCGACCUCCUACAAAACAUGAUCGAGGCUUUGAUGGGUGCGGCAGAACAUCCACCUCGGGAGGUGAAGGGGGUUGACGAGGAAUAUAUCGCUGCAUUGGACCGUGUCAAUAUCAAGACGAUCAAGAAAGAUGCCGAUUGCCCAAUCUGCGGGAACACGUUCGUGGAGGACCCCCACCCGCUUGUGGUGCAGCUACCUUGCCAUUCAACUCACAUCUUUGAUCUGGAAUGCAUCCGACCUUGGCUUCUGUUGAACGGGACAUGUCCCCUGGACCGAAUGGAUCUCGCGCAACGGGAGAGGGACCGCAAACAAAAGCUGCUCGAUGAUAUCAAGAAGAAUGCCUCCCCCGAGGACGAAGCAGAGGAAGAGUGGGAUGGCCUAUAUGGCUGA